AUGGCGGAGGACAAUAUUUCUCAUUAUCGCUCAUCAUUACGCAACAGUCGUCUAUCACAACUGAUUUCUAAACCUAGAGAUAUUAAAAAACCACAUGGAUCAGGUCCGUUGGAAUCGACAACUGAAUUAGGUUAUCUUGAUUCAUCUCGAAUUUAUGUUGAUGGUCAAUAUUCGGGAUUGGGUUCAGAACUAAUCUGUUCGAUUUGUCACAAUGUUUUGUGGAAGCCAGUAUCUUGCUCUACGUGUGAAAAUGCUUUUUGUGUUAAAUGCAUUCGAUCAUGGACUGAUAAACAGAUUGAUUAUCGUGCCACAUGUCCAUUCAAUUGUGUAUUCAAAGAAAAACGAGUUCCACCUAUUCUGAAUAGUUUAUUGUCCAAACUUUAA